AUGCUCGACUUCUUCGUCACUGAACUCGUUGGCAUUGGAGCCAUCGUGGGUCUGGUGAUCUGGAAGCUCACUGCUCGCGGUACUCCCCUCCAUGUCUACUUCACUGUAUGGGUCUCAUGGACCAUGGCGCUGGCACUUGUCGCCAUCGUUCCUGUUGAUCUCAAUCUCGUUUACCUCAAGCGCUGCAUCGAUCACUAUGGCAACAACAAGGAGGAGCGAGAUCGUGCUUGCCCCAUCAAACCAUGGCGGACGAUUGGGAGCCCAAAGGACGACGACGACGUGGUGUUGGACCGCUGGAUCGGAUUCCUCAAGGUGGCGUGGCUGGCAGUCUACACCAUGUGCCAGUUCAACGGCUGGAUCCUGCUAUCUUUCCAGUCCUCCUAUGUCGAGUCCCGGCAUUUCUCAAUACUGAAGCGUCUGCAGCAGGCAGCUAUAGAGAACGGGGUCUUUUGGGGAGUCGUUGCCGUCUUGUUCUCCGUGUUUCUUCUGGUGUUGGCAAUCAUGGGAGAAGAUCUCGAGUAUGUAGUCUACGGCCUCAUGGCCAGCUCGAACGCAGUCUGCCUCGUCCUCGUCGCCGUCUUCCUUGGUUUUGGCCUUGCUGAAGCUCCUCGCCAGCUCUGGCAAGGAGCGCGACUGGAACCAAGCCUGCGCAGAGCGUACUACUACGUGUUCUCAAACCACCACUCGUUCAACGCUGCGGCUGAAGAUUUGGCCACCAAGCUUGUACAGGUAUACACUCUCCGUCGAGCUGCGGCGAGCUCGCUCAGGCGGUUGGGCAGCAAGAUCAUGGCGAUGGCAGCAGAGGUCCCGUUCGACAUCACGUCUGUGGUCCUCAUGGAUCCCGUCAAAGGCCCGUCGAUCCCUGUGACGGACUCGGAGAUGAAGUUGGCAUUUCUUUCACAGCUGCGGGAGAUCGAGAUGGACGAGACGCACAAGCAGAGGCUGACGGAGGUCGAUCGCUGGUUUGCGGCUCUUGAGGCGGCAAAGUUGCUGCCCAAGUCAGCUCCGAUCUUUCUGAUGCAAGAGGCGAUGUUUGACGCGGGCCUGACCCACCUUGGCGACAUCGAUCACCUCGACCCCGGGGUGAAGGGUGAGAUGAAGGGCGAGAAGAACAAGGCUGCCCGCGAGGAGGCGAUCGAUCGUCAGCUCUCGCUGUUCGAGUUUCCGGGGUCUACAGAAGUUCGGAGGUGCGUGAUCAAAGCCGUGAUCACGAGAAACGAUCACCUGCUAGCGGAGGAGGAGAACCUUCGGUCGGGGAAGCAUGAGGGACCAGAUCCUUGGGAGAAACUUUCGUCCCAAUCCAACGUGGAUGCUGAAUCAUGGGAUGUCCGCAAGCUGGUCAAGCUGAGAACUGGUGUUUAUGUGGCCAACAGAAAAUAUCGCAAGACGAAGAAGAAGUUCGACCGAGCCGUCAAACAAGCGAUUCUGCUGCAGGAUCUCCAGCGCACGCACGAGGAUCUGAUGCCUUGGUCAGGCGUCCUCCAUAACCUGUCGAGGGCUUUCUUCCACUCCGACAAGGGACCUGAGGGCUGGGCUGGUCUCAAGUGCCCUGUGAGACAUCAGUACGAGGGAAUGUACGCUCUACAAAAGGAAGUCGUCUGGUUUAUCUUCACCAUGUACGUCUUUCCCCUGCUGCGUAUGCUUGCAGCUGUACUUUGCGCUCUCUUUGGGCUUGCGGUGCUGUUUAGCCAAGUUUCUCUCUUUCCUUUCAUCCCCAAGGUUUCGAUGCCCGGAGACGGUUCGCUGCUUCUGCUCCACGUCUGCUCACGCGCUACUCUUCCUCCCAAUUGCAUCCAGGAGGACACCGACCUCUCCACAUGGAGACUGUGGGUUCCGUUCAGGGUGACUCGGGACGUCCAAGUACCGAUCUUCAUGCAUCUCUUCUUUAUCUGCGGGAUCGUCUACUUCACUCUCUUACGCAUCAGGUUGUUCAGCCUUUACGAGGUUGUGAUCGGGGAGACGGAUGGUUUCAGCCUUCUCUUUAAUGCUUACAUCGUCUGCCGCCUCGCCCCCAGCAUAGCUCACAACUACCUCGCCAUGCUCAGAGAGGCUCACGAAACCUCAUCUGUCGAGGUGACAGCAUUUGAGCAAGUCUUCAGCGCCCUUGGAAGAAUCCCAUUCCUUGGCUCCAGUUUCAACGAGGUUUUGCCGCCCGUCAUGCUCUUCACUUUCCUCCUCACUCUCUUCACGGCCUGCUUCAGAGGAUCUUGCAGAUGUCCUCGGCUCGACGGUGAGAGCCACAAGACAGAGGACAUGAUCGACGACGCGCGUUUAAUCGUGGAGUUGGAGCGGAAGAGAUACGAGAAGAACAGAGCGCAGAGUCGAGCGAUUAAGAUCCGGAAAGCAGACAACGGCAAUGGAGAUUACAGCAGGGAAUGGGCUCCCCCGAGCAAGGUGAAGGAGACAUACAGGACCAUCAGGCAUGGCAUCGACAAGCUGGCGAAGAAGAAGUACAAGCUCAACUCCAUACAACUGCAAAGCAUGCCGAGCAAAGGCGACGACAAGAGCAUGGGCCUAUCGCAACGAGACGCGUGUGCUGAUGACAUGUCGGAGGAGCAUGCUAGCAACGAUGUCGUCGUCUCUGUCAGAGAUGCUAAGGAGUUGGCGAACGGACACGCAGGAGGGGAGGAGAAGGACAAGAGGCCGGCCUGGUCGAAGAAAAUCUCACAGGCCAAGACGCCGCAGAAGCAGCCCGAGCCCAACGGAGAUGCGAAGAAGGAGGAGGUGAAGAAGUCAGACGAUUGGCGGAACCUGAUUGCUGAGAUCGAAGACAUCUAA